AUCCUCUCCUCUCCCUUGCGUGCGGGUGGGAAGAAGUUAUGGGUGCUGUGCUUUUUUCUUCGGUGUUCCGGUGGAAUUGACAAUGUUGAGAGGAAUAUCUACGUCUCAUCAAUGAUGCAAGGAAAGGCUAAUCGGCAAUCCUGGAUCUCCGAGGAUGGUUCGAUUAUGGAUAAGCACCUUGGUCGUAUGGUUGGCACUCUGCAAAACUCACGGUGCGACGACGCGUCUACUUUUUGCCAAUCGCAACGACAUCCGUAUGGUCGAGCUGGAAUCAGAUCGCCAGAGGGUGGGUGGUGCCAAUGGAUCACGAAUCGUCAUCGACCGGCUCGACGACGCUGCGGCUCUCGACUUCAUUUAUGACCUCGGCAUUGUGUUCUGGACCGAUGUUGGGCUGGAGCUGAUCAAGGGGCGUGCACUGAAUGGUUCUGGUCCUGAAACAACGGUGGCUUCGACGGGAGUCAUAUCUCCGGACGGUCUGGCCUGUGAUUGGAUUGGACGUGUCCUGUACUGGACGGACUCUGAGACAAAUCGAUUGGAAGUGGCGCGCCUGGAUGGAUCACAUCGUAAGGUCCUUUUCUGGAAGGACCUCGACCAGCCUCGAGCAAUAGUGCUUGUGCCCAUGGAUGGGCUCAUGUUCUGGACAGACUGGGGCGAGGUUCCAAAGAUUGAGCGGGCCAGCAUGGACGGAAACAACGAUACACGGAAAAUCAUUGUGAAAGAAGACAUCUUUUGGCCAAACGGGCUGGCUGUGGACUACGAUGAACGAAGAAUAUACUGGGCAGACGCAAAGCUACGCUUCAUCUCGUCCAUCAAAUACGAUGGCAGCGAUCGCAAGGUGGUCAUCCAGGGCUCUCUGCCUCACCCAUUUGCAUUGACAGUGUCUGGCGAUUACCUCUACUGGACGGAUUGGCAGGUGAAGGCCAUUCAGUCCUGCCCAAAAAAGCACGGACACAAGCGCGUGAUUCUUUCGGGCGACCUGGACCCGAUGGACAUUCAUGCUUAUGGCCAUCAGCCUAAAGCAGGAUCUUCACCGUGUGAGUACAAUAACGGAGGUUGUUCCCACUUGUGCCUGAUGUCCUCGGAAAAGCCGUUCUACACGUGCGCAUGCCCUACGGGAGUGCGUCUGCUAAAGGACGGCCGCACGUGCGCUGAUGGUGCCCAAGAGGUUCUCUUGUUGGCUCGAAGGGCAGAUAUUCGACGCAUUUCUUUAGAUACGGAGGACUACACGGACAUAAUCUUGCCUCUGAGGGAUGUGAAGCAUGCAAUUGCUGUAGACUACGAUCCUGUUGAAGGGAUGGUCUACUGGACUGACGACGAAGUGUUUGCCAUUCAGAGGGCCUUUUUAAAUGGAUCCAACCAAGAAGUGGUGGUCGCAUCGGACGUACAGAAUUCGGAUGGGAUAGCAGUGGACUGGAUAGCACGUAACCUGUACUGGACUGAUACUGGAACAGACCGCAUCGAAGUCUCCCGUCUCAACGGAAGCUCCCGCAAAGUACUCAUAUCUGACGAUCUUGGAGAGCCCAGAGCUAUCGUGGUCGAUCCUCCAGCCGGAUGGAUGUACUGGACCGACUGGGGACGAUCGCCAAAAAUUGAAAGGGCAGCUCUGGACGGGAGCAUGAGAAGGGCACUUGUGACAACUGGCCUCCUUUGGCCCAAUGGCCUGGCCUUGGACGUGAACCAGGGUUGCCUCUACUGGGCCGAUGCUCAGAUGGAUCGAGUGGAAACCAUUCGGCUCGAUGGAACAGAAAGACGCAUCCUCAUUUCCGAAAGGCUGCCCCACAUCUUCGGGUUCACACUCCUGGGUGACUACAUGUAUUGGACCGACUGGCAGGGUCGCCUAAUAGAGCGUGCCCACAAAUUGACGGGCAAGGACCGCCAAGUUAUUCUGGACCAGCUUCCGGACCUCAUGGGACUCAAGGCGGUCAGCGUUAACAAGGCCCAGGGUACUAACCCAUGUGCGGAGCACAACGGUGGUUGCAGCCACCUGUGUCUCAAUCGUCCCAAGAACAACUACACUUGUGCCUGUCCUACGGGUCUGGAACUCAAGGAAGACCUGCACACGUGCACGGCAACAGAAGCGUUCCUGCUCUAUGCCCAGCGAGAGGACAUCCGACGUAUCUCCUUGCAGUCGCAGCACACGGACCACAUCCCCAUUUCUGGAGUACGUGAGGCCGGUGCUCUGGAUUAUGAUGUAACAGAUGGGCGGAUCUAUUGGACUGACACUGGACUUAAGCGAAUCAGUCGAGCUUUCCUCAAUGGAAGUGCAACUGAAGCCCUGGUGGAAUUUGGGCUGGAAUAUCCCGAAGGAAUGGCUGUCGACUGGGUGGGACGAAAUUUAUAUUGGGCCGACAUGGGUCUCAAGAGGCUGGAAGUGUCACGGCUAGAUGGCACAUCGCGACGGGUCCUACUCUGGAAGGGAUUGGAUGACCCUCGCUCGCUCGCCAUUGAUCCGAGCCACAGAUGGAUGUACUGGAGUGACUGGGGCAAGGUGGCUCGCGUUGAAAGAGCAGCGCUGGACGGAAGCAGGCGUUCGCUCCUCAUUACGAGCAUUGGUCGCGCUAACAGCCUCACCAUAGACUACAUGGACAGGCGUCUCUAUUGGGCCGACAUUGAUGCUGCCAUCAUAGAGUCGAGUGACAUGAAUGGAGAGGGACGCCAGGUGGUGCUGUCGUCCGAACAGUUGAAGCCUUUUGGGUUGACCCAGUACGAGGAGUACAUCUACUGGACUGACUUAGGCACACGUAGCAUUGAGCGAGCGCUCAAGACGACCGGCCACAACCGCACCCGCCUCCUGGGACAGCUCAAGUACACAAAUGACAUCCUAGUUUUCCAUUCCUCGCGUCAGUCAGGUUGGAACCAGUGUGCUGUCAACAAUGGUGGUUGUUCUCACCUUUGCUUGGGUGUGCCAGAUUCUAGGGGUCAACAGUGUGCCUGUCCCACACAUCAUCCCUUGGCCAGUAAUAACAAAACGUGCCAAUUACCACAGAGCUUUCUACUGUUCAGCCAAAAGACUGUAGUGAACCGCAUAGAGCUCGGAACAGACGAUUCACCAGACAUCGUGCUUCCUAUUCAUGGCUUGAAAAACGUCAAGGCGCUCGAGUACGACCCGGUCCAUAGCUACCUGUACUGGAUUGACGGGAAGUCGCAUUCUGUUAAGCGUUGUCGUGACAACGGUACUCACUGCUCUGUGGUGGUUGCCAACCCAAACAACGCCCUACAUCCAACUGAUCUGGCCCUAGACGCAUUUGGAAUGCAACUCUUCUGGACCUGCGCCCAAAGCAACACCAUUAAUGUAACCCGCUUGGACAAUGGCCGCCCUGUAGGGGUUGUACUAGGUGGCAAAGAUGAGCGACCCCGACACCUUGCCGUGCACCCUUUCCACGGCCUCUUGUUUUGGACAAAUCUGUUGAAUCCAGCACGCAUCGAGCGUGCCUUUUUGGAUGGCAAGAGCCGUCGGACAUUGGUGUCCAAAGACCUUCGUGUGCCAGGGUCCCUGAUUGUGGACAUUGAGGAUGACAUCUUGUUCUGGUCAGACCUGGAGCUGGCAAGGGUGGAAUCGAUCAAGAUCACAGGUGAUGGAAGGAAAAUGCUGAUGUCCAAUAUUCAGGCAAAUGCCCUAACGGUGUUGGGCCCGUACCUCUAUAUCAUGGAUCGUGCAGAGCAAUCCAUUUUACGCACAGACAAAUUGACUGCAGAGACUACGUGGACAGUGCAGUCCCGCAGAUCUCACCUGAGUGACAUCAUCGCCAUCAAGAGGCCAUCUGCACUGCAUCUGGAAACACACCCGUGCACUUCCCUGCCGUGUUCACACAUAUGUUUACCUGCUCCCAGGAACAGGUCUCAUUGCGCUUGCCCCAUGGGACUCGUCCUGCACUCUUCCAACCGUAAGAGCUGCGUACCGGCACCUGCCUGUGGGCCAGACCAGUUUGCCUGCAGCAGUGGGAAAAGGGCGUGCAUCCCUAUUGCGUGGCACUGCGAUGGAGGCUUCGAAUGCGACGACUUUUCUGACGAAGAUGGUUGUAGGACGUGUUCAGUAGGAGAGUUCAGAUGCAGCGACGGAACGUGCAUUCCGCGAGAGCAAGUGUGCGAUGGGCAGCCACACUGUGUGGAUCGCAGCGACGAGCAGUGCUGUCUGGCGCACAAGUUUCAGUGUCAUACGGGCCGGGAGUGCAUAUCGGAAGAACGCGUUUGUGAUGGGAGGGCGGACUGUCCGGAUGAUUCUGACGAAGCCCUGUGCGACCAGCUCAGGACACCCAUCGCUAUCACGGAGACAAGCACAGUGACCCAGUAUUCUGUGGGAAUAUGCGUCGCCGUCUUCACCCUAUUAUCGAUAGCGUGUGGCGUGCACUGGUGCCGCCGCAAGACGACGACAGUAGAGAAUUCUGGUCAGCAGUCAGCGUACCGUAUGCUGCCUUAUCCCAAGCCUAUAGUACAAACACACAACGUAUCAUCCUGCGGAAGAACUUCGUCCAGUGCGUCCAGCGGUGCCGCAUAUCCGCGCGAAACGUUAAAUCCACCACCGAGCCCAGCCACCGUUCGGUCAUAUGGCUACAUCCCGACACCGUGCAGUACGGACGUGUGCGACGACAGCGAACCAUUCCGCACCAGGUUUCACUGUGACGACUCUCUCUACGAUUCCGACCCGUACCCUCCUCCACCGACUCCGCGGAGCCGUGGAUGUGUGUCGGACAUGAGCUGCCCCCCGUCUCCAGUGACCGAACGAAGCUUCUGUCACCCACCACCCCCGUCGCCCGUGCCAGAGUCUGACUACUAGAAGGGAUUCUACGCACCAUAUAAGGUUGUUGAAAAGUGACUGUGGGCGUACAGAGAGACCUGUGGUUAGAGCACCGGUGAAAAAUGUCAGGUUGAUUCAUAAGUGUAAGACCAGUACCUAAGCCGCACUUGUCCUUGCUGUAGACUGCUACUUCGUACAUUGGUUGAGUGUCGGUUCAUUCUGAUCAAAAGGACUGCAAUCGAAACGACUUGCAAUGAGUGCUACAGAGAUUUUUUCUGUUGAGCUGCAAUAUUGUCUUCCUAUAAUGGUGCCAAAUAGAAUUACCUUGUGCACAUAUGUGCUUCGUGCCUUAUGACAUACUCAGGGGUUAUACGACUCUUUUGUAAUUUAUUGUAUCAACAUGUAUAUACGUAAGCAAUGUUUGUUGCUUGCAAGUUAUCUCCUCUGCAAAUGUUUUGUACAAACUGCUGCACAAUCAGACCCCCGCAGUGAUGGAAGUGCUGCGCCAUCUUGCGCCGUAGUGGGGAUAUUUUUGCUGUAUUUGUGCCAAAGUGUGGAGUAGGCGACUACUUCGCAGUUCACGUUCGUCAAGAGAAAACAAAACCUUAAGUAAACAAGGUGCACCAACGCUUGACUAAAUUUAAACAUGAGGGAGCUGUCGUAGUGACUCACUAGCCUUCGCCCUGCCAAGCAGUCUCAGGACUGUCACUUUGACGCUCCAACGAUUGUGCCGUUCAUUUUGUGUUUUCCCGAAGCUUUGGGGGUUACGUUGCCAACGUCAAGUAUACGCCAACUAGUUUGCAUUUGCGUCUUCAUUCAUCACAAUCCUCCACACACAUGGAGGUGAUCUCCACACUCGUCUCUUCCCUCCCUCUGCUUCGAGGGACCCUUCCAGUAGCUUUGGCAAUGCAUUGGGCAUGCGCUCUCUGCUAAAACUAGUGAAAGGGUCCCUGGAAGCAUAGGGAUCCCUCAUGGCUGAAUGAGAACUUUCGAUUCCUAAGGGUAGCUUGGCGUGUCUAAAGAUAUCGUUUAGGCCUGUUGUUGACAGUCAUUGUAACUUUCUACCGUUGAGGAUCGCUAGGCUCUUGGACAAUGAAAUUCGUUGCGUUUAUGUACACUCAGUUCACGUCUGCUCUGCACAGGCUCGUCGGAAGUGACUACACCAGGUAAUUGGCUCGCGGCUCCCCGAUCUCUUGCCCACGACACAAUGAAACUGAAGUUAUCGUGGAAAGCACUCAUUCCACAUCAUGAAUUAGUAACCAUACAUACCCUUCGAUGGCAGAUCGCGAAGCUGCGCCAAAACGCUUCGAGGCGCUUCCAUCACUGCCCUGGUGAUAGCAAAAGGCUUAUGUUGAAAGGGGUUCAAUAAAAGAAACACCAUUUUGCAGCUACAAUGAAAUUUGCGCUGCUUAAUGGCAAAGCCUAAAUUCCUCACAGUUUUGUAUUUAUUGCCCACCUACAAAAUGUUUGCAGCUACCCAAGUAUGUUGCAUACUCAUUACGAUGCAUUUAUUUUGAUAUUCAAGUGCUCUCCCAUGUAUAAAUGCAGUUCCUGACGCUUGUACAUAAUAAAAAUGUGUAUACUGUA